GACUGUACGUACUAUACGUAUAGACAAUAUAUGUUUGACAAUAGGUUUGUGUUUAUUAAGUGUUUAUAUAUAAUACAAGUGUUUCAAGUGAUCACACAUUUGAUCCAUCAAUUGAUAACUCGUUGAUCACAUACUUCUGGAUUCAACAAUCAUAUUGUUUAAUAAAACAUACUUUUGUUGAAUCAAUUGAUUUACAUUGUGAUCAUUGUUGCUGAAGAAGAUAGAGUGGACCGAAAAUAAUCAAAAAACAGACCGAAAACAAAAUCGUUGGCAAACUAUGGACACAUUGGAAGACCAAUCAAACGGCGCGUCAACUCCGAUGGCAAUCGAAGACAUGACUGAAAGCACAUCACAACCGGAAUUAUUGAUGACAGAAGAGAUACCGACAAAUGGCUCUAACGUUACCUCUAAUCUCAAACAUGUCGGCCAACCGUUAGUUGACUUUCUCAGCCAUUUAGAGGAUUACACACCAACUAUUCCCGAUGCAGUGACUGUUCAUUAUCUGAAUACAUCAGGAUUUGAUGCAUCAGAUCCCAGGAUCGUCCGUCUGAUAUCAGUGGCCGCACAAAAAUUUAUCUCCGAUGUGGUCAACGAUGCGCUACAACACUGCAAAAUGCGUGGCGCCGGACAAAGCAAAAAGACAACUAAAGACAAGAGAUAUACCCUAACGAUGGAGGAUCUGAGUCCAGCAUUGGCUGAAUACGGCAUUAAUGUGAAGAAACCAUAUUAUUUUAAUUAAUUUAUUUAUUUAAUAACAAUUUCCAUUCAAUUG